CCUUAAGCCUUAAGAGAAGUUGGGUGAGCGACCAAUCCGGUGCUGUUCAUCCACUCACCCAUCCACCCAUCCAUCCAUCCAUCCAUCUAUCCUGUCCGUGUGCAUCAACCGAAGCAGGCCACCUAAUCUCAACGCUCAGAGCAGACCCACACGCAGGAACGGUUGAGUUGUGGCUGACGGGACGGCUGAAUUUAGCCGUGAUUGAGGCAUUGAUUUCGCUAUGGCUGACGAGGAAGAUUUUCUGUACGGAGGCGGACCCGAAGCCCAAGAAGACGAAUCUCAACCCCUGCCCGAGGAAGCCCGGCCCACCAACGGGCCAGCGGCGGCCUCGGAUCCAUCAGGGGAGCACUCCUCCCACCAUCAAGUUGAAAACGCUCAGGGAGAAAGUGACAAUGGACUGAACGAUUUGGAUGACAUCGAUGACAAUGCCGGCAAUGGCGGGGAAGAAGAACAAGACGAUGAAGUCAAUACUAAACCUAUUUUAAGUGGAGAAGAUCCCAAUGGAGCCGGUGAUAACGAACCCGAUGAGAUGAAUGGGGAGCCAGUGGACAAAGACAAAAAUGGGGAUUCCAACGAUGAGGAAGAGGACGACGACGACGAUGAUGAUGACGACGACGACGACGACGACGACGAUAACAUUCAAAUCUCGAUUGAUCAGAACAAGAUUGAUGAGACGCGAACAUCCUAUCAACAUUUCGGCAUCAAAUCCUCGACCGUGCGGACACUGCCUGGCAAAAAGGAGGGCAAGUUCAGCACCGAGGAAUUUGAUCAAGUGGGCGCGGUCAAUGGCACACCCGUUCAGGAAAUGGAUAUGGAAUCGCUCGAGGAGAAACCCUGGAAAAAACCCGGAGCGGAUAUUACGGAUUAUUUCAAUUAUGGUUUUACUGAAGACACUUGGCAAGCGUACAUCAUGCGGCAAAGAAAGCUGAGAAACGAAAGUGGCCUCGGUAUGCCCGGUUAUUCCAACAGUAUCAUCAGUCGAACGAUCGCCCCUGUUUCUAUCACUGGCUUAUCCACAAUACCAAAAACGCUUCCUACCGUAUUGAAUCGGGCACCGGUGGUGAGUGAUCUCCAGAAGCCUCCACCAGCACCCGGUCCGAUUUCGGUUCUCACGGGUGACAAACGCCCCGACUACCCACAAAAGGUUCUCAAUAGUAUAGAUUUCUCUGUCCCGCCUCCGGGAAUGCCCCCACCUACCAACCUGCCUCCACCAAAUUUCGAAGGACCACCACCAGCAUCGGAAUUCCCCGCAGAGGAUCCCUUUGGUCAAAGCGACUUCUACACAGGUGGAUACGAACCCACCAUGGAGUCCCAGUGGGACGCUCCUCCAUCCACUUUUAGUGCACCCCCGCCAGGUGACGCACCCCCUGGCGACCCUGGCUAUGAAGAUCGCAGGGAUGUGUGGCGAGAUCAAGGGCGACGCUCAUCACGCGAUAGUCGGGAUCGGGACCGGGAUCGAGAUCGCGAACGCUAUGCUGAGCGCGAGCGAGGUGCAGAGAGGGAUCGAGACCGUGAACGCGAUCGCAAGCGUCGCCGAACUCGAAGUCGAUCUCGUGACCGCCACCGGGAGCACCGGGAUCGUGAGCGCAGUGAGCGGCGUGAGCGAGAAAGAGACCGCGAUUCUGCUCGAGAAGGGCGAAGUAGUGAACGCAGGUCAGAACGAAAAUCGCGAAGUCGCUCGCCAAGUCACCGCAGUAGCAGCCACAAGAGGAGUAAACGAGACAAGCGCGUGAAAGAAGAGAUCAAAGAGGAACGGCCAGAUGAUUGAAUAUUCUAUUGCCGAAUAUUAAAACUUCCAAGCACA